GAACGGGUGAAAAGUCUUCCUGAGAAACUGGUACUUAAACGUUGCUCAAAGAACCCAAAGUCAAUAGACAGUAUGCCACCGCCACCUAAGUUGGGGGAUGAUCAUUCUUUCAACACCAGAUAUGGGUCACUCCAGUUCUUGGCUACACAUAUUUUCCUAUUGGGGGCAGAGACUCCUCUAUCUUUCCAGGUUGCUCGAGGGGGGUUGACAGCAGUGAGGGACAAGUUGGAAAUGAUGAGAACAACUCCGGCUGAAAGGGAAUCGAUGGUAAUACCUAAGGAGUUCGAAAGAGUCCUCAACCCCAAAAAAGUGUUGUUCAAGGGAUGUAGAAAAGGAAAGGCAAAAAAACAACAGAAGAAAAAGAAGAGGAAGUGUGGGAGAUGCGGUAGAAGGGACGGUCAUUAUAUUAAGACUUGUCCUGAACCCGAAGGCUACGUGCCGCCAGCUAGAGAAUCUUCGUCUGAUGAAGAGGAUGACGACGAUGAUCUGGAUUUUGCGGACAAUGAUGGAGGUGAUGAGGGAGGUGAUGAUGGAGAUGAUGACGAUGACCAAAGUGGUCGGCCCCAAAAGACUGGGCCACGUACUAGGAGUAGUACUAUGACACAUCAGCAGCAAGGGAAAUCCAAUAAGCAUACAGAACCUAGUGUGGAGCCUUCUGCUCAAUGUUCUGAACGCCAAUCUGAGAGGACCCAACAGAAGAGGGGACAUGGCAAGAAGUUGAACAACACAGACAGGGCAAGAAGUUGAACAACAUCCAGAGCAAGGAGUUGAAAAGCACUCAGUUUUUGUUAUUUGUUCAUUGAAAUUGAUGGGACAAAAUCUUUUAGCUUCGUUGAUUUACAACAAGUGCAGCCUUUGACGGUUUUUUUUUUGGUGGUUUGACGAACAUAGAGAGUUGGAA